AUAAGAUGUGUGCAUGAAGUGUAUGAUGUUACACGUCAGAUGUAAUAUUCCUGUUGUCAUUCUGAAAUACAUUGAAAUAGAAACUUAGUGUGGAAUGGAUUAGGUCCGGGAUCUUUUAACCACUGUUAGUAAUGUCAUAUGAUCUCCCUGGCCAAUAAGAAAUUGAAGACUGAUAAAUGCUAUAGUAACACAUUGUGCAAUGACUUUUGACAUCCUGGAGUGGUGGACUUCCUGUCUCACAGUAUUUAAGGCUCAGAAGUACAUGCUGUAUGGUCACUGGGUGUGCACCGUGAGUAUCUGUGCUGUAAAAAAAGAAGAAAAUGACUAGACUAUUUUUUUUGCAUGUUUCUAACUGUAGAUUCCACAUGGUUGCUAAAGGGUUAUUUGAACUUUUCUUGUGCUACACAUGUUAAACACUGAAAUGCGCAGUGAUGAUUUAGUUAUUCUUAUUUUUUUAUAUUAUAUGAUAUUCAUAAAAAAAUGUAGUAAUGGCUCAAUUGAUUAGUUAAUUGCAUAAAAAGAGACGUUUAAGGUAUCCUAACAUUUACACAAUGUAAGAAUGUUAAUGUCUAUAGACCUUGCACUUUGACAGGUUUGUAUUACAUGUUCAGUUUUACUAAAAAUACGCAGAACGUAGAACUAUUGAGAAUACUUCCUGUUUCUUUAGAAGGGAAAGGCUUUUAGAUUUAGAGUAAAGAUGCAUAAUGCAGCUCAAAACUAGACCUAUUUUAAAGAAUCAUGACCGGGAUCUUAGAUGUUAUAGAGUAAAACACCAGCUAUUUCACUUUUUUUCUUAGUGUAGGCACAGCAGGAAAAUAUUAAGGACCUUGAACUUGGAAUCUGAAGAACCCUGCCAUUCACUAGUUCCUGCAACAACAAGCAGCAUCAAGGAUGGAAGCAAGCCUCUGCAAUAUUUCGGACAACAUCACAUCAAAUAGGAGCCUCAUUGAAACCGUUGUACAGUGGACAACAUUCUCCAUUGGUUUUCCUCUGAUCUGUCUGUCAAUUUAUGCCAUGUACUUCCUGAUCAGAGUUGAUCACAUCGCUCCAGUCUAUGUUAUCAACCUUCUUAUUGCAGAUCUCAUUCAGAUUUGCAUGAGGCCAUUCAUACUGUCUGGUACCUGGCAAUUUAUAGUCAUGUUGAUUGAAUUCUUUGGUAUUAGUGCAAGCAUUGGUUUCAUGGUAUGUGUUGCUCUCGAGAGAUAUCUUAUGAUUGCAUUUCCUCUCUGGUACCGUUUUCGCCGUAACAUCAAAUACUCGCUCAUAAUGUCCUCCAUUAUCUGUCUUUUUCCUUUCAACCAAAUCUCCAUGUUUUACCUCACACCGACUAUUGAGAUUUCACUUAUUUUGUUUGCAGUUAACCUCCUCAUACCCUUUCCACUGCUUGUGUUCUUCCUAGUGGGCACAUUGAAAGCUCUGUCCAUCUCAAUCUCUGUGCCAGCUGUCGAACAGAGACGGAUUAUUGGUACCCUGGCCCUUGUGCUGGGCAAUUACACAGUCCUGUUCCUACUCAUCAUACAAUAUCUGAUAUCAGGGGUAACAUGCCAACACAAUGUGGAGAUUGGGACAAUAUUUGAGAGAUUCAGCCCGCUUGUGGAUCCUCUACUCUAUGUGUUCAUGAGAAAGGGAGCUAAGGACACUCUGGCCUUCCCCUGCUUCGACAAGCUCAUGGGUGAUGAGGAGCAGUCAGGUCACCAACACUAUGACCAUGACUGAUAGUGGAGUAGAAGGCUCCAGGUAGGACAGAUCCAGGAUAAUGGACUAUCUGUAUGAUUCACUAUGUAUAACUCCUAUCAACUCUUUGUUAAAAUUAUCGGAUCGAAACGUUGUCAAAAAAGCGGUGAAUUGGGAGCUUUAACAGUCUGCGGCCUUGUUCUUUUCUUUGUUAAAAUUAUACGGGCCUCCCGAGUGGCGCAGUGGUCUAAGGCACUGCAUUGCAGUGCUUUAGGCGUCACUACAGACCCAGGUUUGAUUCCAGGCUGUGCCAUAACCGGCCGUGACCGGGAGUCACAAGGAACGGCACACAAUUGUCCCAGCAUUGUCCGGUUUAGGAGACGGUUUGGCCAGGGGGGGAUUUACUUGGCUCAUCACGCUCUAGCGACUCCGUGUGGUGGCCCGGACGCCUGCACGCUGACUUCAGUUGCCAGUGAAUGGUGUUUCCUCCGACACAUUGGUGCAGCUGGCUUCCGGGUGAAACGGAGGAUGCAUGACUCUACCUUUGCUGCAACUCCCCAACGGGCUCGGGAGAGGCAAUGAGACAAGAUCGCAAUUGGAUAUCACGAAAUUGGGGAGGAAAAAGGGGGUUAAAAUGUUUAAAUAAACCUACUUUACUUUUAUUGUUGUUAAAAUGUGAAGAGUACAUGCCUUGCUUUUUAAUAUACAAUGCAUAACAUACUGUAUUGUACACAGCCCUAUUCUGCAUUGCACUAUCUUUGUUGGGCUUGUAUUGCAGCUUUUCAGAAAAAUAUGGACUCCUUUCCUUCAAUAAAUUGAUAAUGUGGA